UAUUUGGAGUUUUCCUGAUCUUGUUGGAUGUGGCUCUGAUCUUUGCCGACCUAAUUUUCACUGAUAGCAAAGUUUAUAUUCCUUUGGAGUAUCGUUCUAUUUCUCUAGCUAUUGCCUUAUUUUUUCUCAUGGAUGUUCUUCUUCGAGUAUUUGUAGAAGGGAGACAGCAUUAUUUUUCUGAUUUACUUAACAUUUUAGAUACUGCCAUUACUGUGAUUAUUCUGCUGGUUGAUGUCGUUUACAUUUGUUUUGACGUUAAGUUUCUUAAGGAUAUUCCUAGAUGGACACGUUUAUUUCGACUUCUACGACUUAUCAUUCUGAUAAGAGUCUUUCAUCUGGCUCAUCUAAAAAGACAACUUGGAAAGCUGAUAAGAAGGCUGGUUUCAGGAAACAAAAGGCGAUACAAAAGGGAUGGAGUUGACCUAGACCUCACUUAUAUUACAGAACGUAUUAUCGCUAUGUCAUUUCCAUCUUCUGGAGGCCAGUCUUUCUAUCAGAAUCCAAUUAAGGAAGUCAUACAGUUUCUAGACAAAAAACAUCCAAACCACUAUCGAGUCUACAAUCUAUGCAGUGAAAGAGCUUAUGAUCCUAAGCACUUCCAUAAUAGGGUCAGUAGAAUCAUGAUUGAUGAUCAUAAUGUCCCCACUCUACGGGAGAUGGUAGCAUUCUCCAAGGAAGUAUUGGAGUGGAUGGCUCAAGAUUCUGAAAACAUCGUAGUGAUUCACUGUAAAGGAGGCAAAGGAAGAACCAGAACUAUGGUUUGUGCCUACCUGGUUGCCACUGAAAUAUUUUUAACUGCAGAGGAAAGCUUGUACUAUUUUGGAGAACGGCGAACAGAUAAAACCAAUGGCACUAAAUAUCAGGGAGUAGAAACUCCUUCUCAGGCUUCUGUUGCUUUUCGGAAUAGAUAUGUUGGAUAUUUCGCACAAGUGAAACAUAGCUACAACUGGAAUCUCCCUCCAAGAAAAACACUAUUUAUAAAAAGAUUCGUUAUUUAUUCGAUUCAUGGCGAUGGAUAUGAUCUAGAAGUCCAAAUAGUAAUGAAGAAAAAGAUUGUCUUUUCCUGUACUUCCUUAAACAAUUGUCGGGUAUUUCAUGACACUGAAACACACAGGGUAAUAAUUGAUGUGUUCAACUGUCCACCUCUGUAUGAUGAUGUGAAAGUGCAGGUUUCCUCUUCGGAUUUUCCUAAAUACUAUCACAACUACCCUUUUUUCUUCUGGUUUAACACAUCUUUAAUACAAAAUAACAGGCUUUAUCUACAAAGAAAUGAAUUGGAUAAUCUUCAUAAGCAAAAAACAUGGAAAAUUUAUCAACCAGAAUAUGCAGCAGAGACAUAUUUUGAUGAGAAAUGACUUAAGUUAUUUUGUAACUGGUACCUGAUUAAGUAUAGUUCCCCGCACCCCUUCUGGGAAAGAAUUAUGUUCUUUCCAACU